AUGAGGCUCAGUAUCACCUAUUUCCUGACGCUCCUCGGAGCGAUCACUGCCCCCCUGGCUGAGGCCCGAUCAGCAGGAUGCGGUAAAAGCCCUCCCUCCAGCGGCAUCAAGUCCACCACCGUCAACGGCAAAAACCGCCAGUACACGCUCCAGGUCCCAGCCAACUACAACCCAAACACAGAGUACAAGCUGGUCAUUGCCUACCACUGGCUCAGUGGAAACAUGGGCGCCGUCUUCAACGGUCAGUACUACGGCUUGCAGCCUCUCUCUGGCGGCACGACCAUCUUUGUCGCACCGGACGGUCUGAAUGCGGGAUGGGCCAACACGGGAGGAGAGGACAUUACCUUUACGGACAACAUCUUGCAGACAGUGCAGGACAGCCUCUGCGUCGACGAAUCCAACAUCUUUGCGACUGGUUGGAGUUAUGGUGGUGCCAUGAGCUUCAGCGUGGCUUGCUCUCGACCCGACGUAUUCAAGGCCGUUGCUGUGAUUUCCGGUGCUCAACUCAGCGGUUGCAACGGCGGAACCACGCCAGUUCCUUACCUUGGCAUCCACGGCACUGCCGACGAUGUGCUCAACAUUAGCCUCGGUCGUCAGCUGCGCGACAAGUACAUUGGUCUGAACGGCUGCCAGAGCAAGAACGCGCCGGAGCCCAAUUCCGGCUCUGGAACCCACAUCCGCACUGACUACUCGUGCCGCGCUGGCUAUCCUGUCACAUGGAUUGCGCACAGCGGCGGUCACGUCCCCGAUCCCAAGGACAAUGGGCAGUCGCAGAGCUGGGCGCCCGGCGAGAUCUGGAAGUUCUUCACGCAGGAUGGUCUCAAGGGCGACACGGGUGGUGGCGACCCCGGGACCACGACCACGUUGGUGACCAAGACGACGACGGCUGGGACUGGCCCUACCAGCGGGCCAUGUGCGGCACGUUAUGGACAGUGCGGUGGUCAAGGCUGGAGUGGACCGACGUGCUGCGAGUCUGGCUCGACGUGCAAGUUCAGCAAUGACUGGUACUCUCAGUGCUUGUAG